AUGGCUUUGACCUCCAAGUUCAAGCGAUUCAGGUGCUUGUUGACAAAUGCCACCAGUGACUGCAAGUCAAAUCAAAGUCUGAUACAAUCCUGGUUUGGCAAGGAGCAGAAUCUGUCUAUUAGCAUCCAAAGACAAUACCCGCUUCACGACUUGAAGUUUGUCAGGAGCAUGGUCAAAGAGGGUGUCGAAGGCAUCUCUCUCUCCUCGGAGACCAAGGUCGUCAUAUGUGGAAGUCAGCUCUUCCAUGAUGGUCCGGACUUGUCCAUCAUAAAGGUCUUCCUCUAUGUCUUUGACGAUGAUUCGCUGAUCAGCCAGCUCAUCGUUGAUCCAGUCAAUCAAGAUGGAGUUGUAGGUCUUGGUGACUUGGGCCUCGGAGACGCCAUUCUUCUCUCUCUUACAAAACGACCGACAUCUACCGCCCAGUAUCCGAACUUGACAGCUGGAAGUCGUGAGUUUCUCUCUCCUUCGGUGGGAUACGGGAGGGUCCAAGACUCAACAGCUUUCAAUUGGGAUCAUUUCGACAUUUCCGCCUUCCAUUCUUCUAAUUCAAAAAAGAUGUCGCAACCACCUCGCGAUGCAUAUUUACACCCUCGCUGUGUUCUCCGAAACGACGGGUUGCAUGGACGAACGUCUUCCGACAGACUCGACGACUCCUCUUCGGUCGUUCGGUCGUCUUCGUCGACAUUUUCCCCAUCCAAACGGCUUCCGUCCACUCCGCCAUACCGGAAGCUACAGCUUUCGCUCCCGGAUCACGGAUACUCGUCACCGAGAAAGCUGGACUCGGAUCGCUUCGAAUUUUCAUUUCAUCAUGGCCACCUGGCAUUGUUCGACGACGGGUCUCCCACUGGAAUGGAGUCAAGGACUGAACCGCAUUCGGCCUUCCAUUUCUCUCUUGCCUUUCAUUCGCUUGUCCAGAAAUGCUAUCGACCGAUUAUGACGCAGGUGCUGAUCAUGGUCAUAUCGGUGUCGACAUCUCGGACUCGUCAGAUCAUGUUGCCCGAAGCCGGAGAGUCCCAACUGGUCCAAGCUGUCCCGUGCGCAGAAUAUAUUCAACGAUACGAUCGCGACCGGUAG